AGGGUGGCAAAGUGCUCGGCAGUCGUGUAACGCGUUUCCCGCCGACAACAUCGGCUAUAUCGGCAACAAUAUUAAAUCGCGGCCGAGUUUCCGCGUUUCCACGUGUUCAUCGCGUGUAUUCGGUGCGGACCUGAUCGCCAUUGGUCGCCGCGUACCGCGGCAACCUGUAUUAUCGAUCGAAACGUGCGUAUUGCGCACGUUGCCGCAGUUACGAGUGUCGCCGGGUGGCCCCGCGGCUCCGUGCUACGGCACUGGGUCUGUUUUGUUGUGGCGACACGCGACGUCGCGCUGACAAAACUGCCUGCCGAUUUCGAUCCCGUGUCCCAUGCCUGGCCAUGAGAACGCCGAGAUUAGGAUGAUCGAGAACUGUCGCCGGUGCAGCCACGUCCACCGUCAAAAUCGCCGUCCAACCGCCACGUUCUGCCAUUUCAAAUCGCACGCACGUCGUCACGCGCGUCGCCGAGAAAACUCGCCAUCCGACCACGACGAUUCGUACGCGCCGUGAUAAUUGAGCCGCCGAUCGGAUUGCACGAACCAGAGGAUCGGUUUCGGGAUCCCCGGUCGAUACCGGUACCUGUUUUACCGAUACCACGAUCGUCGAAUAUUCUGGCGGGAAAAUCGGCGGUGGUGAAUGGCGUGAAGUUAGCGUGUCGUUGAUUCGAGCGGUCAACGAGAUAAUACGUCCGUCUUGUAAUGAAAGUGUUCAACCCGAUUGUGCCUUUGAUCGAUCUUGAUCGUUUGAACCGUGUUCGGAGACCGAAGUUCUCAAGAGAUUAUGGUGUUACUGUUAACGGUGAAUGAUCGCUGCUGUCCUCCGGCCGUGGAUGGUUGCAGUACCGAGUCUCCGAAUCCACAUCCUAGAAGGAAACGGACGAAAGUGGGUGGAAUGAGGAGAUUCAUCCGGUGACCUCGUGCCACGAGCGGUAAUGCUACUGGCAAGCGGUGCUUCGAUACCGACCAUCGCCGGUACCGUCGAGGAGGAGGACGAAUAUGCACGCAGCGAGGCGAACAGCGCUCACUACGAUGGCUAUGUUACCGAUCACACGGAUCUCGCGUCCGAAAUCGACAUCGACGAGUCCGAGUACAGGCGGGAGCUGCUCAACGACAAAUGGCGAAUGCUAUUUGACAAGUUUGAUCCGGAGGGUUUUGGCGAGAUACCAGUGGAGGAUUUUUUGGCGGCUUUGAAAAGUCCCGAAUGGAAAGCCGAGAUACCGCCGAAUAAACGAGAUAUUCUGCUCACCAGGGCGAAGGAAUCGCGUGUUCAGGCAGUGACGUUCCAGGAUUUCGUCAAUGUG